AUGCUUACAGACCCGUACCUGGAGGACGUGAAAGUGGAGCCGGGAGGAGAAGGCUCGUGGGCCACCGACGGAGAAUCAAACAGGUCGCUCUGGCGCAUUCACAAGGUGACCCGGUGCAGCGGUGAAGGCACCCAGGAGGCUAAGAGGAGCGACUGUGUCUCCGCUGUUGAGCACCGGGUGACACUUCGCUUCUACGGACUUGGUCCGUUGAACGGUGCCGGGUGUGAAGUGUAG